AUGAAGCAAGAAAAAAUAGGGUUUUUACUAUUAGAUUGUACCUCAAAAUUCUCAUCAAUAGAUACAUCUCUCUCUUUCUCUAGACUCCUCUCUUCUUCCACCACCACAUCACUCUUAUCUCCCAAAACCAAAACCCUCUCUUCCAAUUUUACCCUCCCCCUCAAACUCAACCGUUUCAACCCAAAACCUCUCCAAUUUUCCACUUCAUCCAAAAUCUCCGCCACCAUCUCCGUCGGCGACAAACUUCCCGAAUCCACCUUCUCAUACCUCGACCCCGCCGGCGAAGUCCAAACCAUAACAGUUUCCGACCUAACAAAAGGCAAAAAAGCCGUUCUCUUCGCCGUUCCAGGAGCUUUCACACCAACAUGCUCACAGAAACACUGCCAGCUUAUCAUGUGCGAUUGUUCCAGCUUAAUAGGGUGUUUUAGAUUCGUUUUUCAAAAGCUUUGCGCGCGUAAAUUGAUUCUGAUUAUGGGAAUACUAUGCGGCUUUGUUUCUAGCAAUUGGGCUGAAUCAGUCAUCCAAUUCGAUUUCGAAAUGGCAACCCAAUUUGACAUGUUGUGCGAUGUUCUUCCUGGGCAUAAUUCAUGGAAGUUCAAAGUUCGUGUCCUCCGUAUGUGGGCAAUUUCUUCUUUUAUGAAGCCUAAUGAGUUGAACUCUAUGGAAAUGGUGCUGAUAGAUGAGAAGGGAGGUAAGAUUCAUGCCUUGAUAAGGAAAGAAUUGGUUUACCUAUUCCAGAAUAAAUUAAAGGAAGGGGAAGUUUAUAAGCUAUCAAACUUUGAUGUUGUUCCAGUCGUUGGAUUUUAUCGUACAACUCUGCACCUUACAAAUUGA